CUUUGUGUCAUCCUCCACAGCUCCAGGGAAGGCACUCAAAAGUGGGGGGCAGGAAAGUUUCAGAAUGUCUAAAGCAUUUGGGAAGAGGAAGAAAAGCAACAGCACAGACAUACCUUAUAAUCCACAAACAGAUGAACAUUGAAGAUGUCCAUUUCUGCAUGUGUGAGAUAGACUUUACAGGCUGUACGGCUUAGACAAAAUCUGUAGAAAUUAGACACUCAAGAGAGAAGUGGCUGUCCCUCACUGAGACUUUCAAAGGCUUAGUGCAGCUGGACAUUUCCUGCCAUUGUUACACUACUAGAUCUCACAACACUUGUUAUGUUUGCCUCAGUUUCUCUCCAGAAGACCUUGGAAACACAAAUACCUGCAGAGGCCAGCCUGGUGGAAUGAAGCAGGAAGCCGCUGGUGUGAAGUGGAGACCCAAGCCCUUUCUGGAGGAGCAACCACUGCUCUGCUCCAGAUAAUUGUGGCAAGGCAGGAAUGUUGACCUAGUGUUCCCACACUGUCCAGUUUCUCAGGCUACAAUAUUGAAAUUUUGAAGUCAUGAAGACAUCAGAUGAACCAACCUGCAAUACCUUGGAUGCAUAUUGGAAAAUAAAGAGAAAGUUUAAAGAAUGUGGCCUAUAAAGGCGGGUAGUGCCUGGAAAUAUUAACCGACUCAUGGUAUAAAAAUGAGACCAGUUUCUAGACAGUAGAGGUUAUUUUAGUCCAACAUCAAAGUUCAAGACAAAAUGUACAACUAAAAACUUUUUGCUCCUCCUCCCCCACUUCAGACAGGUACCAGCAUAGUGAAUUAUGAUUUUCCCUGGUUGGAAGUAUUCAUUUUUGCCCAUGUAGACCAUGCCUAGGAAUGAAAUACUGGGUAUUUAAUGUAGAUUAUAAUGGGAAACUGAUUUUCAUAAUGGCAGAUUUCAAGGACUUGGUUUCAAACUGAGCCAAAGCUUCCCAAUGCAUUUUGUACAGUCUGGGGAAAACUGUACUGCGUCGGCCCAUUUUUGAAGGCCAUCAUGCUCUACAGUAGAAGGAUAUCAUUUUACUGCUGAUAUCUUUGGAGCAUCCCAAGCAGACACAGAAAAUGAAUGGAGGCAAAGAGUGUGACGGAGGGGACAAGGAAGGAGGUCUUCCAGCUAUUCAAGUUCCUGUGGGUUGGCAGCGUCGUGUGGACCACAAUGGAGUGCUUUACAUCAGUCCCAGUGGGUCUUUGUUAUCUUGCUUGGAGCAGGUUAAAACAUACCUGCUUACUGAUGGAACAUGCAAGUGUGGCUUGGAAUGUCCUCUUAUUCUUCCUAAGGUAUUUAAUUUUGAUCCUGGAGCUGCUGUGAAGCAGAGAACGGCAGAAGAUGUUAAGGCAGAUGAAGACGUCACAAAGUUGUGCAUUCAUAAGAGAAAAAUCAUUGCGGUGGCCACACUCCAUAGAAGCAUGGAAGCUCCACACCCUUCUCUGGUGCUCACCAGUCCUGGAGGAGGAACAAAUGCAACUCCAGUAGUACCUUCACGGGCAGCAACUCCAAGAUCAGUAAGAAAUAAGUCUCACGAAGGAAUUACAAAUUCUGUAAUGCCUGAAUGUAAGAAUCCUUUCAAGUUAAUGAUUGGAUCAUCCAAUGCCAUGGGAAGGCUGUAUGUGCAAGACCUGCCUGGAAGCCAGCAACAAGAACUCCACCCUGUCUACCCCCGGCAGAGAUUGGGCAGUAGUGAACAUGGACAGAAAUCUCCAUUCCGUGGCAGCCACGGAGGCUUGCCCAGCCCAGCGUCAUCGGGUUCCCAGAUCUAUGGAGAUGGCUCAAUCUCUCCAAGGACUGACCCACUUGGAAGCCCUGAUGUCUUCACAAGAAGUAACCCUGGUUUUCAUGGAGCUCCUAAUUCCAGUCCCAUUCACCUAAAUAGGACUCCUCUUUCUCCACCUUCAGUAAUGCUACAUGGUUCUCCCGUACAGUCAUCCUGUGCAAUGGCUGGAAGAACUAAUAUACCUCUUUCCCCAACCUUGACUACAAAGAGUCCAGUAAUGAAAAAACCAAUGUGUAAUUUUUCAACUAAUAUGGAAAUACCACGAGUGAUGUUCCACCACAAAGCACCCCAAGGCCCACCUCCCCCUCCUCCACCUUCUUGUGCUCUUCAGAAAAAGCCAUUAACAUCUGAGAAAGAUCCACUUGGCAUUCUUGACCCUAUUCCUAGUAAACCAGUGAAUCAGAACCCAAUUAUCAUUAAUCCAACCAGUUUCCAUUCAAAUGUCCACUCUCAGGUACCUGUGAUGAAUGUAAGCAUGCCUCCUGCUGUUGUUCCUUUGCCAAGUAAUCUCCCUUUGCCAACUGUAAAACCUGGUCAUAUGAAUCAUGGGAGUCAUGUACAAAGAGUUCAGCAUUCAGCUUCAACCUCCCUGUCCCCUUCUCCAGUGACAUCCCCAGUGCACAUGAUGGGGACUGGAAUUGGAAGGAUUGAGGCAUCGCCCCAAAGAUCACGCUCAUCUUCUACAUCAUCAGAUCAUGGAAAUUUCAUGAUGCCACCUGUAGGACCCCAGCCCACCUGUAGUGGCAUAAAGGUUCCACCUAGGUCACCAAGGUCAACAAUAGGUUCCCCAAGGCCAUCAAUGCCAUCAAGCCCUUCUACCAAGUCCGAUGGACAUCAUCAGUACAAGGAUAUCCCUAACCCAUUAAUUGCUGGAAUGAGUAAUGUACUAAAUACCCCAAGCAGUGCAGCUUUUCCUACUGCAUCUGCCGGAAAUGGUUCUGUAAAGAGUCAGCCUGGUUUGCUGGGGAUGCCUUUAAAUCAGAUCUUGAACCAGCACAAUGCUGCCUCCUUUCCAGCAAGUAGUUUACUCUCAGCAGCAGCCAAAGCACAGCUAGCAAAUCAAAACAAACUUGCUGGUAACAACAGCAGCAGCAGUAGCAGUUCUGGAGCUGUUGCCAGCAGUGGCAACACUGAAGGACAUAGCACUUUAAACACCAUGUUCCCUCCUACUACCAACAUGCUUCUCCCAACAGGUGAAGGUCAAAGUGGUCGAGCAGCACUAAGAGAUAAGCUGAUGUCUCAGCAAAAAGACUCAUUACGGAAAAGAAAACAACCACCUACCACAGUGUUGAGUUUGCUCAGACAGUCUCAAAUGGAUAGUUCUGCGGUUCCUAAACCUGGACCCGACUUGCUAAGGAAGCAAGGGCAGGGUUCAUUUCCCAUCAGUUCAAUGUCUCAGUUACUACAGUCUAUGAGUUGUCAAAGCUCUCACUUGAGUAGCAAUAGUACCCCGGGUUGUGGGGGAUCAAAUACUGCUUUGCCUUGCUCUGCUAACCAGCUGCAUUUUACAGAUCCUAAUAUGAACGCCAGUGUUCUUCAGAAUUCACUGACACAGAACAUACCUUUAAGAGGGGAAGCCGUGCACUGCCACAAUGCAAACACUAACUUUGUUCACAGUAACAGUCCAGUCCCCAACCACCAUCUUGCAGGUUUAAUAAAUCAGAUUCAGGCUAGCGGGAACUGUGGGAUGCUCAGUCAGUCGGGCAUGGCUUUAGGAAAUUCAUUACAUCCCAACCCACCUCAGUCAAGAAUUUCAACGUCCUCCACUCCAGUGAUACCAAACAGCAUUGUUAGCAGCUAUAAUCAAACAAGUUCUGAAGCAGGCAGUUCGAGCCUAUCGUCCUCUAUAGCUAUAGCUGGCAGCAACCAUCCUGCUAUCACAAAGACAACAUCUGUCCUCCAAGAUGGCGUCAUAGUCACCACCGCAGCUGGAAACCCACUGCCGAGUCAGCUGCCCAUUGGGAGCGAUUUUCCUUUUGUUGGCCAGGAGCAUGCACUUCAUUUUCCAUCCAACAGCACUUCAAACAGCCAUCUUCCACACCCCUUGAACCCCAGCCUCCUCAGUUCUCUGCCUAUCUCUUUGCCAGUGAAUCAACAGCAUCUCCUAAACCAGAAUCUAUUAAAUAUCCUCCAGCCUUCAGCAGGAGAAGGCAAGUCUGAGAUCAACCUCCACCCUUUAGGUUUUCUCAACCCAAAUAUAAACGCUGCUUUAGCUUUUCUCUCCGGUGACAUGGAUGGGCAGGUAUUACAGCCUGUUCACUUUCAGCUGUUAGCAGCCCUCCUUCAGAACCAAGCCCAAGCAGCUGCCAUGCUUCCCCUGCCGUCUCUCAAUCUGACCAUCUCAGAUCUUUUGCAACAGCAAAAUACCCCUUUACCCUCAUUAACACAGAUGACAGCCCCACCAGACCAUUUGCCAAGCAAUCAGUCAGACAACAGCCGAGCUGAGACCCUUUUAACCAGCCCCCUGGGGAACCCUUUACCGAGCUUUACAGGCAGUGACACUACUUUUAACCCCCUGUUCCUCCCAGCUGUCACUGGGGCCUCAGGAUUAAUGGCCUUGAAUCCCCAGCUGGUAGGAGGUGUCCUGAACUCGGCAUCGGCCAACACAGCUAAUCAUCCAGAGGUUUCCAUAGCAACCUCCUCCCAGGCAACCACUACCACAACCACUACAUCAUCAGCAGUGGCAGCACUGACUGUCUCAACACUUGGUGGGACAGCAGUGGUGUCAAUGGCAGAAACAUUGCUGAAUAUAUCUAAUAAUGCUGGGAAUACACCUGGUCCAGCUAAACUCAACAGUAACUCUGUGGUGCCACAGCUACUUAACCCUCUACUGGGGACAGGUCUGCUUGGUGAUAUGUCAUCAAUAAACAAUUCUUUGAAUAAUCAUCAACUGACUCAUCUACAGUCGCUGUUAAACAACAAUCAGAUGUUCCCUCCAAAUCAGCAACAGCAGCACCUUCUCCAGGGACACCAGAGUCUCCAGGCCUUUCAAGGACACGCCACCAUUCCUUGCCCAGCUAACCCUACUCCCAUGGCUUGUCUGUUUCAGAACUUUCAGGUGAGAAUGCAAGAAGAUGCAGCUCUUCUAAAUAAGAGAAUAAGCACUCAGCCAGGUCUCACAGCACUUCCUGAGAACCCCAACACUGCACUCCCACCUUUCCAAGAUCCACCUUGUGAGUUGCAGCCGAGGAUUGACCCAUCUCUUGGUCAGCAGGUGAAGGAUGGCCUGGUUAUGGGUGGCCCAGGUGACACCUCCGUAGAUGCCAUUUACAAAGCAGUUGUGGAUGCAGCCAGCAAAGGGAUGCAGGUUGUCAUCACCACGGCUGUCAACAGUACGACUCAGAUCAGCCCUAUUCCAGCUCUGAGUGCCAUGAGUGCCUUCACUGCCUCUAUUGGUGACCCAUUAAAUCUGUCCAGUGCUGUCAGUGCAGUCAUUCAUGGGCAGAACAUGGGAGGAAUGGAUCACGACGGCAGGCUGAGGAAUGCAAGAGGAGCUCGGCUGCCGAAGAACCUAGACCACAGGAAAAACUCAAAUGAAGGAGAUGGGUUUGAGUACUUCAAGUCAGCAAGUUGCCACACAGCCAAAAAACAAUGGGAUGGGGAGCAAAGUCCCAGAGGGGAGCUAAACAGGUGGAAAUAUGAGGAAUUUGUAGAUCAUCCAGGCCAUAUCCACAGUAGUCCUUGUCAUGAAAGGCCCAACAAUGUCUCUACACUGCCAUUUCUGUCCGGGGAACAGCACCCAAUACUGUUACCACCAAGGAACUGUCAAGGGGAUAAAAUUCUGGAGGAAAAUUUCAGGUAUAAUAACUACAAAAGAACUAUGAUGAGUUUUAAGGAGAGACUAGAGAACACCGUGGAAAGAUGUGCACACAUAAAUGGAAAUAGACCUCGACAGUCGAGUCGGGGAUUUGGAGAGCUGCUAAGUACUGCAAAACAAGACCUAGUCCUAGAGGAGCAGUCUCCAAGUUCCUCCAAUAGUUUGGAAAGCUCUCUGGUCAAAGACUACAUCCAUUACAAUGGAGACUUUAAUGCCAAAAGCAUUAACGGGUGUGUGCCUAGCCCCUCAGACGCUAAAAGCAUUAGUAGUGAAGAUGACCUAAGGAAUCCAGACUCCCCCUCUUCACAUGAAUUGAUACAUUAUAGACCAAGGACGUUCAACGUUGGCGACUUGGUCUGGGGCCAAAUCAAAGGACUGACUUCCUGGCCUGGAAAAUUAGUAAGAGAAGACGACGUUCACAAUUCAUGUCAACAAAGCCCCGAGGAAGGGAAGGUGGAGCCCGAGAAGUUGAAGACACUAACAGAAGGUUUAGAAGCCUACAGCCGAGUCCGGAAAAGGAACAGAAAAAGUGGGAAGCUAAAUAACCAUUUAGAAGCUGCUAUUCACGAGGCCAUGAGUGAAUUGGACAAAAUGUCUGGGACUGUUCACCAAAUCCCACAGGGUGACCGACAAAUGAGGCCCCCCAAACCCAAGAGGAGGAAGAUCUCCAGAUAACAGAGACUGCUCCACUAACAUGCAGUGUUUAUCAAAGGAGCAUGCACAGAUACAUCUGUAUAUAGGUAUUGAUAUGGCCACUGUUAUAUCAGUAUUUGAAGUAUGGCAGAUAGCUAUCACCACCACAGCGUGCUAAAAGGAAUAGUAAUGGAAAACUGUUUUGAUCAGGAAGGAUAAUGAAUGUUGAAAAAAACCAAUCAAAAUCCCUGUAUGAUGAGAGUGAUAAAUGGUCAAGAGAUUGCUGAGAAACUUUUUCUAUAAUACUAAAAUUGUGAUUAUAAGAAAUAGUCCAAAUGUUUCUGAAGAAUUUUCAACGUUGUAUAUAGAAAAUACAGAAUUUCAUGGCGAUAUUAGAAAUGUAAAUAUUGUACAAUAUUGUCAUGUACAAGCAUACCUAAUGCACACUUUAUCUUUUAUUGUACAAAGAAAUAGUGUACAAAACUCUUUGGUUUCUAUGGAGUACACCUACCAGAGACUACCAGUGUAAAGUGAUAAAUAAAAAUACAACCUAAAUGCUUUUCUAUGA